AUGUCAGCGACCCGCAGCGCUGCCCGCCCUUUUGGACUUUUGACUUUGGGCUUGCGAACUGCCUUGUCUGGAUCGUCCUGGAUCGUCCUGGAUCGUCUGGAUCGACUGCGAAUGGCUCGACCCUCCCGCUGGACACUCCCGCGCAUGUCGCGCAGCUUAACCCGGCUCCCCUUCUUCGACAGCGGCCUGUUUCGUCUGCUACCAGCUAAAUUGCUAAUAGCGGCAGAGUGCCCUUCGAGAGCCUCCAGCACCGUUGUUGCGGCGGUGCUGGCCCUUGUCCCAGAGCGCCAUGGUCCAAGGUCCCAGCUAGAUUCCGGUGGACGCACGCGGUACGCCCGUUGA